AUGAAGAAAAAGACAAGAAAACGAAAGGAGAAAAAAAAGACAAGAAAACAAAAGGAAAAAAAAAAACAAGAAAACGAAAGAGAAGAAAAAGACAAGAAAAUAAAAGGAGAAGAAAAAAACAAGAAAACAAAAGGGAAAGAAAAAGUCAAGAAAACAAAAGGAGAAGAAAAAGACAAGAAAACAAAAGAAGAAGAAAAAGAUGAGAAAACGAAAGAGAAAAAAAAGACAAGAACUGAAAGGAACAAAGAAAAAGACAAAAACCGAAGAGAACGAAGAAAAAAACAAGAACCAAAAGAAACAAAGAAAAAGACAAGAACAGAAAGGAACGAAGAAAAAAACUGA